UGAAACAAGGUAGGGCUGGCGAGCUAUAAACAGCCGCUUCCUCUCAGCUGCCGAGUGUGAGAAAAACCGAGAGGGAGAGAAAAGAUGGUGUCGUUGAAGCUCCAGAAGCGGCUUUCCGCUAGCGUUCUCAAGUGCGGGAAGGGCAAGGUUUGGCUUGAUCCAAAUGAAGUCAACGAAAUCUCCAUGGCCAACUCUCGUCAAAACAUUAGGAAGCUGGUUAAGGAUGGUUUCAUCAUCAGGAAGCCAACAAAGAUUCACUCUCGCUCUCGUGCCCGUCGCAUGAAGGAAGCCAAGAGAAAGGGAAGACACUCUGGAUAUGGUAAGCGCAAGGGUACAAGGGAGGCUAGGCUGCCAACUAAGGUUCUCUGGAUGAGAAGAAUGCGUGUCCUCAGGCGCUUGCUCCGUAAGUACAGGGAGUCAAAGAAGAUUGACAAGCACAUGUACCAUGACAUGUACAUGAAGGUGAAGGGUAAUGUCUUCAAGAAUAAGAGAGUUCUUAUGGAGAGCAUUCACAAGUCAAAGGCUGAGAAAGCAAGAGAGAAGACUUUGUCUGACCAGUUUGAGGCUAAGAGGGCAAAGAACAAGGCCAGCAGAGAAAGGAAAUUUGCCAGGAGGGAGGAACGGUUAGCCCAGGUAAGAUAUUUAGCAUUGGAUGUGAAUUACUCAUUGCUAGAAAUUUUAUUUUUGUUAUGAUUUAUUUUGUAGGGC